AUGGGAAUUGUGCUUGUUAAAUUAUGGCGCAGACUUACUAGCAAAGAGGAGGUGAAGAUUGUGCUCGUGGGAUUAGACAACGCAGGAAAGACCACAGUUUUAUAUAAAUUAUUACUAAAUGAAGUGGUGGUGACAACCCCUACGAUCGGAAGCAACCUGGAAGAAAUAGUUUAUAAAAAUAUUCGCUUCCUUAUGUGGGAUCUUGGAGGACAAGACUCUUUGCGAACUUCAUGGAAGACUUAUUAUAUAAAAACAAAAGCCGUCAUUAUGGUCGUUGACAGUACAGACAAGGAACGUCUUCAUAUAUUGAGGACAGAAUUGCAUACAAUGAUGGAAGAUGAGAACCUCAAAAAUUCCGUUCUACUGGUGUUUGCCAAUAAACAAGAUAUAAAGGGUGCAUUAUCAGCAGCACAAAUUUCAGAGGCAUUAAAUUUGACAAGCAUGAGAGAUCGACAAUGGCAUAUACAGGCGUGUUGUGCUUUGACUGGCGAAGGUUUAUUUGAGGGUCUGGAUUGGAUUGUCGGUCAAAUCGGCAAUUCUUAA